UGUUUUGAAGGAGAUGAGCCAAGCAGCGUCUCAGAGAGAGAAAGAGAUAGCACUUCUCUGAAAGUGCUUUCAGGAGAAGAGAGCAGCGAGGAGAGGGAAGCUUAUACUAAGGUUCCGGUGUCUGAUCAAGAUGGGAGCCGGUGGUCGAUUGUCAGUGCCGAACAGCCCCGUCCAGAGGGUUCCUCACACUAAGCCUCCAUUCACACUUGGCCAAAUCAAGAAGGCCAUCCCACCCCAUUGCUUCCAGCGCUCAAUUCCCCGGUCAUUCUCAUAUGUUGCCUAUGACCUCUCCUUAGCCUUUCUCUUCUACUACAUUGCCACCUCCUAUUUCAGCCUCCUUCCUAGCUGGCUCACUUACCUUGCCUGGCCCCUAUACUGGACUCUCCAAGGCUGCACUCUCACUGGUGUUUGGGUCAUUGCCCAUGAGUGUGGCCACCAUGCCUUCAGUGACUACCAGUGGCUUGAUGACACAGUUGGGCUCAUCCUCCACUCCUCACUCUUAGUCCCCUACUUCUCUUGGAAGAUCAGCCACCGCCGCCACCACUCCAACACAGGGUCACUGGAACGUGACGAGGUCUUCGUGCCAAAGCCCAAAUCCAGAAUUCCCUGGUUUUCCAAAUACUUGAACAACCCAUUAGGCCGAGCCCUCACCCUUGUCAUUACUCUCACCCUUGGCUGGCCAUUGUACUUAGCCUUCAAUGUGUCUGGCCGCCCCUAUAAUCGCUUUGCAUGCCACUAUGAUCCUUAUGGCCCAAUAUACUCUGACCGUGAGCGGCUUCAAAUCUACAUCUCUGAUGCUGGAAUCUUUACUGCAAGCUAUGUGCUUUAUCGCCUUAUCCUGGCAAAAGGUCUGGCUUGGGUUGUAUGUAUGUAUGGGAUACCGUUGCUAAUUGUAAACGCCUUCCUUGUCCUGAUCACAUACCUGCAGCACACUCAUCCAACACUGCCUCACUAUGAUUCCUUAGAAUGGGACUGGCUAAGGGGAGCUUUGGCAACGGUUGAUCGUGAUUACGGGGUGCUAAACAAGGUCUUCCACAACAUUACCGACACACAUGUGGCUCACCAUCUCUUCUCCACAAUGCCACAUUACCAUGCUAUGGAGGCCACCAGAGCAAUCAAACCUAUACUGGGUGAGUAUUACCAAUUUGAUGGUACCCCAUUUUACAAGGCAAUGUGGAGGGAGGCUAGGGAGUGUCUUUAUGUUGAGCCUGAUGAGGGGGGUUCAGAUAAAGGUGUCUUCUGGUACAGGAACAAGUUUUGAUAAUAGUGAAGAUGAUGAUGAAGAAGAAGAAGCAUGUAAGUUAUCAAUAUACUUAGCAUGGGAGUGUGUUUAGUAUGUAAUAAACAAAGGGAAGGGAAGCUGAGUACCUUCUUUUCUAGGUAAAAUGUAUGGUUUGGUUUAGUAUGUAAUGAACCUCUAAGGACUAUAAUAUAUGUUUGUUUGUAGGGAAA